CGUGUUUGUGCCGCGCGGAGUCUGGAGUUCAUCGCCACGAAGCAAGAUGAAAAGGCCGCUGCCGCUCUUCGCCUUCGCCGCCGCCCUGCGCUGCGUGCUGGCCGCGUCCUACCAACCCGGGGGCGAGGUGGUUCUCUAUGUCAACAAGGUGGGCCCCUACUUCAACCCACAUGAGACAUACCACUACUACCAGCUGCCUGUGUGCCGGCCUACCAUUAUUGAGCACAAGUCGCUGUCCCUUGGUGAGGUGCUGGAUGGCGACCGCAUGGCAAAGUCCAACUAUGUCAUCAAGUUCAAAGAGAACAUUGAGGACCGCAAGCUGUGUGACCUGCGGCUGUCGGAGGAGGAGGUCCAGUACCUUCGCGAGGCCAUUGAGGAGAACUACUACUAUGAGUUUGUGAUUGACGACAUAUCCGUCAGGGACUUUGUGGGCCACCUGGAGGAGUCCGGCUUUGUGCCACACACACACAAGGUCUUCCUCUGGACCCACCAACACUUCAACAUCCUCUAUAAUGAAGACAAGAUCAUCUAUGUCAACACCACCAAGGAGCAUGGGCCGGUCAGCCUGGACGAUGUGGAGCCGCCCCUGACCAUUAAGAUCACCUACUCAGUCACCUGGACGCCCACACAGAUCAGCUACAGCAACCGUGGGCGAGUCAUCCAGGACAACAACUUCUUCCCACGCAGCCUCGAGAUCCACUGGCUGUCCAUCAUCAACUCCAUGGUGCUUGUUUUCCUCCUCAUGGGCUUUGUUGUCAUCAUUCUGACUCGAGUGCUACGUAACGACUUUGCACGGUACAACAUCAGCGAGGAGGGGCGGGAGGAUGUGGAUAGCGAUGAGUACGGGUGGAAGAUCAUCCACACUGACGUCUUCCGCUUCCCCAAACAGAAAUCACUCUUCUCUGCCAUCCUGGGCGUGGGGUGCCAGUUCCUCGCCGUGGCCGUGGGCAUCAUCGGCAUGGCACUGAUGGGCAUGUUCAACGUCCAUCGCCAUGGCUCCAUGAACAGCGCGGCAAUCUUCCUCUAUGCCCUGGCCUCCACCAUCGCCGGCUAUGUCUCUGCCUCGCACUACAGAAUGAUGGGCGGACAGGCCUGGAUCUCCAACGUCAACCUCACCACUGUCCUGUUUGCUGGUCCGUUUUUCCUCAUCUGGAGCGUGCAGAAUUCCGUGGCAUGGGCGUACAAUUCCACCCAGGCCCUGCCCUUCACUACCAUCGUGCUGCUCUUUGCUGUGUGGCUGUGUGUUGGCUACCCCCUGACAGUCUUCGGAGGCAUUCUGGGCAAGAACUCCCGGACAGAAUUCAACUUCCCGUGCCGCACCAAGAACAUUGCACGAGAGAUACCGGCCGUGCCAUGGUACCGCUCCCACUGGGCUCACUUUGCCGUGGGGGGCUUCCUUCCUUUCAGUGCCAUCAGUGUUGAGAUGUACUACAUAUUCUCCACCCUCUGGGGCCGGGAGCACUAUACGCUGUACGGCAUCCUGGGCGUGGUGUUCGUCAUCCUCCUCAGCGUCACCGCCUGCGUGUCGGUGGCCCUCACAUACUUCCAGCUCUCGGCCGAGGACUACCGGUGGUGGUGGAGGUCCAUCUUCAGUGCUGGGUCCACAGGAGGGUUUGUGCUGCUGUACUGCAUUUUCUACUACCUCAAGCGUUCCAACAUGUCCGGGGGGCUGCAGACCAUAGAGUUUGUGGGCUGGUCCAUCCUCACCUGCUAUGUGUUCUUCCUCACCCUGGGCACCGUGUCCUUCCUGGCCUCCCUAUGCUUCGUCAAGUACAUCUACCGCAACAUUAAGAUGGAUUAGCAAGGGGGUGGUUAUGGUAGGAAGCUGGGGUGAGUCUUUUGUAAGCAUCCUUCCCUCUCCUCUUUCUCCUUCCUCUUUCCUUCCUUCCUUCCCUCUUCAUCAAGUACAUCAAGGGGAUGGUUAUGGUAGGAAGCUUGGGGGAGUCUUUUGUAAGCAUCCUUCCCUCUCUUUCUCCUUCCUUCCUUCCUUCCUUCCUUCCUUCCUUCCUUCCCUCCCUCCCUCUGGACUGUCAGCUGUUGUGUUAGUUCAGCUUGUUCAAAUGCAUCAUAUCUUCCUAACGUAAUGUGUUUGUUAUGGUACCAAAUUCUAGGCAGGUCUUUUGUAAGGAUACUCCCUCCCUUCCUUCCUUCCUUCCCUCCCUCCCUCCUUCCUUCCCUCCUUCCUUCCUUCCUUUCUUCCCUCCUUCCUUCCUUUCUUCCUUCCUUUCUUCCCUCCUUCCCUCCUUCCUUUCUCAAACCUGGAAAUCACCGAAAAAAUACCUUGGACCAUUUGUUUACAAGAGUGACUAUGUUUCUGUUUCUUGCACAUAUGUGAGUGAGGGAGGCACCAGUACACCAGAAUGGGACGCCAGUGAUUAGCACCAGUGGAGUUUAAGGGUGGUGGUGGUGGUGGUGGUGGAGGUGGUGUUGAGUCCUGCCCCCUACCACACCUCCAGUAAUGUGAGUUUAAAUGUUUUCUAUUUUUCUAGACUUGUGUAAUAUAUUGACUUAGCUUAGGAAAGUUGUCUGUUAAACGCUGCAUAGGAGAGUCUUUUUAUUUAUUUGUGUUAAUGCUGUGCUGUGUUAGAGAGUGCAUUUUUAUCCAUUAUUAUUAUUAUUAUUAUUAUUAUUAUUAUUAUUAUUAUUAUUAUUAUUAUUAUUAUUAUUAUUAUUAUUAUUAUUAUUAUUAUUAUUUUCUACUUCAUAGCUGUGUGUUUGAUUCUUGACAGCAGCACAGGACAGUAGGGCAUUCAUCACCACACACACACACACACACACACACACACACACACACAUUACACCUUUUAUAUCCUUCCCUGCCAACCCUACUCUGUCCCUCCCUCCCUUGUUCUAUAUUAUUAUUAUUCCACUCAUAUUGUUAAACCCUCAAACUGUGUCUAGCUGACUGACUAUGAAUAACAACUACCACACAGCUGUUCCCCUAAGACCUGCUCCUCUCCCUUCCCUUCCUCUACCCUUCACUUAAAUAGUUUCUGAUUUUCUGGUAUUUUCAACUUUUUCUUUAAUCUUGCAAUAUGUGUCUAACUAACUGAGUCUAUGAAUAACAACAGCCACUACCACACAGCUGUUCCCCUAAGACCUGCUCCCCUCCCUUCCCUUCCUCUACCCUUCACUUACAAUAGUUUCUGAUUUUCUGGCAUUUUCAACUUUUUCUUUAAUCUUGCAAUAUGUGUCUAACUAACUGAGUCUAUGAAUAACAACAGCCAC